GCGGCGGCGGCGGCGGCGGCGGCGGCCACGACCCAGACAUCUGGGACUGUUGUUGUUCUCUCGCGGCGGGACUGCCUCAGUCCUUUCGCGCAGAAAGAGAUCCCGAGCUGGUUUGGUGGGAGCGGGCGGCCGCAUCCCUCUUCUCUCCUGCUUCCCCGAAGCUGCAGCAGGAGCUGGCUCAGACACCCUGCGGGGGGUCUCCGAUGCCCAUCAGUGAGGAGGGGGCGUCAGAACCCUGGUGAGCGCAUCUCAGCCUCCCCACCCGCCAGAUCUGUCUUCGCCGGCCCCCCAGGCCCUCACACCCCAGUCUGGCUGCCAUGGCUGAAAACGCAGAGGGAGACCUGAACUCCAACCUGCUGCACGCCCCCUACCAAACCGGGGAUCCUCAGCUAGACACGGCCAUCGGGCAGUGGCUCCGUUGGGAUAAGAAUCCGAAAACAAAAGAGCAGAUUGAAAAUCUGUUACGGAAUGGGAUGAACAAGGAACUGCGAGAUCGUCUUUGUUGCCGAAUGACUUUUGGGACUGCAGGACUUCGUUCUGCUAUGGGGGCAGGAUUUUGCUAUAUUAAUGACCUUACGGUAAUACAGUCAACACAGGGAAUGUACAAAUACCUUGAAAGAUGUUUCUCAGACUUCAAGCAGAGAGGCUUUGUUGUUGGGUAUGACACCCGAGGUCAAGUAACUAGCAGCUGCAGCAGCCAGAGACUUGCUAAACUCACUGCUGCAGUCUUACUGGCCAAAGAUGUUCCUGUGUACCUUUUUUCAAGAUAUGUUCCUACACCUUUUGUACCAUAUGCAGUCCAGGAGCUCAAAGCAGUUGCAGGUGUGAUGAUUACUGCUUCUCAUAACCGCAAAGAAGACAAUGGAUACAAGGUUUAUUGGGAAACUGGUGCUCAGAUCACAUCUCCUCACGAUAAAGAAAUUCUGAAAUGUAUAGAAGAAUGUGUGGAACCUUGGAAUGGUUCCUGGAAUGAUAAUUUAGUGGAUACCAGCCCACUGAAGAGAGAUCCUCUACAGGACAUUUGCAGAAGAUACAUGGAAGAUCUUAAAAAGAUCUGUUUUCACAGGGAAUUAAACUCAAAGACUACCUUGAAAUUCGUACAUACAUCUUUUCAUGGAGUCGGACAUGACUAUGUGCAGCUGGCUUUUCAAGUGUUUGGUUUUAAGCCUCCAAUUCCAGUACCAGAACAAAAAGAUCCUGAUCCAGACUUUUCUACUGUUAAAUGUCCAAAUCCUGAAGAAGGAGAAUCUGUGCUGGAACUUUCUUUGAGACUGGCAGAGAAAGAACAUGCCCGCGUAGUGCUAGCCACAGAUCCUGAUGCAGAUCGACUAGCAGUGGCAGAACUUCAGGAGAAUGGUCAUUGGAAAGUUUUCACAGGGAAUGAAUUGGCAGCUUUGUUUGGGUGGUGGAUGUUUGAUUGCUGGAAGAAAAAUAAAUCAAGAAAUGCUGAUGUGAAGAACGUUUAUAUGUUAGCCACCACAGUCUCUUCCAAAAUUUUGAAGGCAAUUGCACUUAAAGAAGGAUUUCAUUUUGAAGAAACAUUACCAGGUUUUAAAUGGAUUGGAAGUCGGAUAAAAGACCUCCUGGCAAAUGGAAAAGAAGUCCUUUUUGCAUUUGAGGAGUCAAUUGGUUUUCUGUGUGGCACUUCGGUUUUGGAUAAAGAUGGGGUGAGUGCAGCUGUAGUUGCUGCCGAGAUGGCAGCUUACCUGGAAACCAAGAAUAUAACAUUGAAACAGCAACUGAUCAAGGUUUAUGAAAAGUAUGGUUAUCAUAUUUCAAAAACUUCAUAUUUCUUGUGUUAUGAUCCAACCACCAUCAAAAGUAUAUUUGAAAGGCUUCGCAAUUUUGAUUCUCCAAAAGAAUAUCCAAAGUUCUGUGGGUCAUUUGCUAUAUUGUAUAUAAGGGAUGUUACCACUGGCUAUGACAGCAGCCAGCCUAAUAAAAAAUCAGUGCUGCCUGUGAGUAAAAACAGCCAAAUGAUUACAUUUACUUUUCAAAAUGGCUGUGUUGCUACUCUUCGGACAAGCGGGACAGAACCAAAGAUAAAGUAUUAUGCGGAGAUGUGUGCAUCACCUGAGCAAAGUGACACUGCCUUACUAGAAGAGGAAUUGAGGAAACUCAUCGAAGAUUUGAUUGAGAAUUUCCUUGAGCCCAGUAAAAAUGGACUGAUCUGGCGUUCUGUUUAGUACACGCAAGUACGUCAUCACUUUGCAGUGGCACAUGGAACAGAAUAGCCAAGAACUCCAUGCGUUGAAGUCGUAUUAGCGUUCUCUAUCUUAUCUGGCCAAGUACUUUUUACUUUUAUUUUCUUUCUUUUUGGUUGGCUGACUAAACCAACUGUAUAAAUUUGAAAUGAAAUGGUCCAGAGAGAAAGGCUUCAAAUUUUUUCAUAAUCUUGAACGAAAGUCAUUGCAUUAAAAGUAUUAUAGUAACACGUUAUUCUUCCUUCAACAGAAAAGAAAACCAAUACAUAAGUGAAUUUUCUUAUUAAAGUGUGAUUAAGCUUAGUUCCGUAUUGUAAUUGUGUAUAGCAUGGUUUUAAAAAAAGGCAGAUAAAUGUUAUAUAGUUGUAGAGUUAGUUAAGGAAAUUAAUCUAUAAAAUUGACAAGAAAAUGGCAUUGCUCCCAGAAUACUGUGGAAUAGUGUCAUUAUUACAUCACAGAUAUUAACUUACAAAGUAGAGUAUUUGAAAUCUGGUAUUAGCAUUUCUAGCUUAGAGAUUACAAUAUGUGGUUUCAGGUACUUUUGGUGCAGUGUAAAUUUCUUGUAUGUAUUUAAAAUUCUGACAUUUACCGAAUGUAAAACAAUAGUGGCAAUGCUCCUAGUGGCUUCGUUCUUGUCAGAUUUCUUAGUGCCUUCUCAGGAUAUGGUAUGAAUUAAAACAGUGUUCCUCCAUUGAAUAUAAUUUAAUCAUUUCAUUUUCAAACAGUUAAGGAAAAUCUUCCAAAUGAUGUAGGUGCUUCCACUCUAUAUCAAAUAGAUUUGCCCUUUUAGAAAGCUUAUGAAUGUAAAUAAAAAUCUUUUAAAAAGCAGUCUCAAUGUAACUAAAGGAUCUUCUUAUGAGAAUUAAAUGUCAAUAACCACAGCCUUCAGACAAAGAAGAAAAUCUGAACCAAAAAAAGGAGCUCUAAAUUUCUUUAAAAGCCUAACUUUGGAAUUACAUUUUUAUAAGUAGAUUUAUUCCUUUAUCAGAUGAAGUAAUGCUAAUUUUACUAAGAAAUAAAAUAUCCAGAUUUUAGGUGUUAUGAAACACUAAAACUACAUGUUUUAAAACUGAAGUCCAAUUUAUUCUGUCAUCUUGCUGCCUACUGUAGAAUUUCUGAUCUCCAGAGUACUAUUUAUCUUUUUCAACAUGGAAAAAAUUUUUGCAUAUUUUUUUUCAAGUAGGCUCCAUGCCCAGUGUAAAGCCCAGUGCAGGGCUUGAACUCAUGACUCUGAGAUCAAGACCUGAGCUGAGACCUGGAGUCAGAGGCUUAACUGACUGAGCCACCCAGGCACCCCUCAAUGUGGAAAAAAAAAUUGGAAGGUCACUUUUGGUUGAUUCUCCAGUAUUCUAAAGAAAUCUUAGUAGAGAAGUACUAUUUAAUCCUCUUAAAAUGUAUCCUGUCCUAUACAACUCACAAAAUAUUUAAACUCAUGUGGUAACAAAACAAGGCCUUGGGUGUAAUUAUACUAAACAAAUUGCUAGUGGGAUAUAACUGAUAUUAGAGUAUUUAUUUCCUAAAAAAAUAGUAUAAAAUUUAAACUGAUUAGAAUACUUAGUAAAUAAUGGUAUGGUUUGUUGUAGCUACCAGCUAACAUGUGGUUGAAACCAUAGAAUGCAAAUAUAAUUUUCAAAUUCUUGUAUUGCCACUAUUGUUAAUUUGUUCCUUCCUUUCCUAUAGCUAGAUCUUGUAUGACUGUAGAUAAUAGACAACUAGGUAAAUGUAGGGGACAGCAUACUUCUGAAUGACUUUGUUUUUCAAAGGCUUUGUACUGAAAAAGAAAUGUGCAGAUUUUUUUUUUUUGUUUUAUUUGCUUUUGGUAAUGUAGAAUGUAAUUUAGGAGAUGGCCUAUAUUCUACCAAGUAGUGUGAACAACGCUGUAUAUAUGAAAAAUAUGUAUAUUUGGCUUUAGUGGCUUUCAGUGACUAAAGAACAAAGUGGAGCGAAAAUAAUAUGAUAGUUCAUUCAUAAUCACUAAAGCCAUGUCAUGAUUGUCAUUCUAUUAUAAAGAGAACAGUUUCGAGUGCUUUAAUAUAAUGCAACAUUUAAGUCAUCUUAAAGUGAAAAGUUAUUAAAACUUAGAAUCUUAUCUCAAAUAUUUAAAAAUCCAAAGUUAAAAUCAACAAAAUGUUACAGAUGUUCCUGAAGUGUAUAGAUUAAGGGAAUUACUUGAUUGUAGCCAAGCUCUCAAGUCUGUAUUAGCAUAAUCUUUGACAUGAACUUGACAUAGUGGUGUACAGUUGCCUCACAGGAUAAUUUUAGUAACCCAAGCCAACCAGGAAAGACGGAAGUCCUGGACUAUAGGUCUCAGCCUUGGGCUCUACAUUGUUUCGCUUUUCUUUAUCAACAGUACCAUGAAAAUGAAUCCAUUUUCAUUGAAUGUGUAGAUCAAAACUGGGCUUUUCUAGAGUUUUGAAUAAAAGGAAUGAGUUAUUGGGGCAAAGUCAAAGCAUACAAUGAAAAUAAGCAAUAGAAAUUGCUUAGAAUUAAUAAGCAAUAGAAAUAAACAAUAGGUCACUAAGAUGGUACAGGAAAUGAUUCUCAUGAAGGGCAAACUUAUCUUUCUUAAAGUUGGGAAUAAACUGGCUGUGGGCAAGUUGUUUAGCUGUGUGUAUUUGUUAUUAUUAUGAGCAGAUAGAUAGUGAACCUUUUGUUUUCCUUUAUUAGCAACCACUAAAAAGAGGCCAAGUUUUAGGAGAGAAAAAGUACCCCUCUUACUGAUUCAGUUUCUGCUGGGAUGUUGUGUUUUAGGAUCAUGUGGGAACUAGGGAGGAGAGGACAUAGCAGAAAUAAAAAGGAAUACAGCACAGAUUGGAAAAUAAGAGUUGUGAUAAAAAGUUCAAAGAAUUAAGACCAUUUAAUUCUGGAGGAGAGAGAGCUGCUGAGAUAAUUUAAGAAGUCUUAUACUAUUAGUUGAAUCUUUUAUUAAAGGACUCAAAGUAAGAAGUAAUGUGAAAAACUGUUCUCUGUCUUCAGUGAGGACAGAAUAAAAGAGAAUAAGGACCUUUUAAAAAAAACCCAAAUAACAAAUUUAAAUAUUAAAGGAUGUACUGUCUUUUAAGGGUUCCUUCCAAUACUUUUUUAAAAACUCAGGUGGGAACAAUGGCGAUGUCAUAGAGAGCACUGAAAGUAACAUUUGAGUUUCACUCCCUGUCUAGAAGAAUUUAGCUCACAAGAGAGUUUUUGUAUAUGUUGAGUAGUAGAUGCAUGAGUGCGGUCUUCAUUUGCUGCACAGAGACCUGCUUGGAUAUUAUUUUUAAUUUAACCUGGCAAAUUAAGUAAGACUUGAACACCAUUUUGUUCAUCUUGAAGAAUGUAUAGCAUUAUAGGAUGUCUGAGGGUUUUGUUUUAACUGUAUUGCUGCUUGGGUGUAGUAACUUCAGCAGACGACGAGGUUCUGAGAGAUGGGACACUUUGGGAAUAUCCUUACAUAGGAAAUAGGCCUCCCGUUUCUUAAGGAGGUUGCUUCUGGAAUGGACAUUAGCUGGAGUUAAUGGAGAAGUUGUUCUAUGAACUGCUGCUACUGGUAUUUCUUUCCGAUGUUUUCCACUGAUGUUUGUGAUGCUUGAAAAAUCCAAAUUUUGCUUGGAUAAAUUUAUUUUAUGCCUUUUUCUCUCUACCUCCCUCCUUCCCUAGGUCCCCUCCUACAUUUUAUUACUGUGAAAAGCUAUUGCUCUAUUACCUCACUGAUAAGAAAUCUGAAUUGUAUUCAUUCAGAAUGCUUUAAACUUAUUCAUAACUACGUUUGUUUUUUUGACUUUUGGUUAUUUUGUUAUUGUGAGAAUAUUUAAGACAUUGUAAGAAGUAAUUUUGAAUCUAUUUCAUAGCCUUUUUUGGUCCAUCUGGAUAUUACUGUAUGUUAAUUUAUUAUGGCCUUUUAUAAUUCACUUGCUUUUCUGAGAUUGCUCUAGAAACUGAUGAGGAAAGAGUCAUACUAUCACAAUGGAUGGUCAAUUGCUCUCACAUUUUAUUUCAGGUUUCCCUGUACGUGGGGCACCCAAAGCACAAAAUUUGAGAAAUAUUUUUUACAUUUGUCCCCCAGAGCAUCUGACCAUAAGCCAUAAGAAGUUCAAGUGGAAAGAAAAGAACCUUUCACUUCAAGACUUUACACAGCAUGACUUUCUUUAGUUUCAGUUGAAAAUUGAGUUAGGUUUUUUUUAACCAUUGGUUACUUGAAAAUAUUAACCACACCAUUACAUUCAUCCAACCAUAUUUUCUCUUUGUUAGUUAGUUCAAGACUCUAUACUUUAAAGAAAGGACAUACAAGAAUGAGUAAAGCGACCAAGAUAAGGGCAAAUGAUAUAUCUGAAGUUUGCUUCUCAAAUUUUUCCACCAGUGUAACCCUAAAGCAGAGGAACAUGAAUAUGUGAGGGAAGGGGCCCAAGUGAAAAAUCUGAGGCAGUCUACCACUCCUGAAAUUUCAUGUUCUGUCAUGAAAUGUUAAGUUGAAUUUUGCAUUCCACAUAAUAAAAUUCUUCCAAUAUAAAAAUGAUUCCUUCAAUCCUCACAGAAACUGGUGCUGCCAGAAAGGAACACUAUGUUUAUCACAGGGCCUCUCAAUGUUUUCUCCCUCCCUUCCUCAAUUGUUGCAUCUGCCUGGUGGUACAUACACUGACCUUAAUGUGAGAAAUAUAAACAUAGAACAUAUCUAGCCUGUUCCCUGCAUUUUAAAAGCUGAACUUUGAAAGUAUUACUGCCAAAUUAAAUUGACCUGAAACAGUUAUCACUGAACCUUAUAAUAUUGUCAGAGGUGUUGGCCAGUCCGUUUUCAUUAAUUCACUGGCAUUCCUUGACUGAGAAAGAGUAUCUGACUAUCAACUCUCUAAGAGCAGAGAUCAUUUUUUAUUAUUUUUCAUAUCCUCCCACCUCCAGUAUAGUACCUGUUAUAGAGUGCUUGGAUGGUGAUUAUAGGAAUUAGGGGAUUGUAUUUUAAAGAAGCUAAUUGUUUAAGAAACAAUCAAACUGUUAAUUUUCUGAUUCAGUUUUUUAAACAAUUCUCAUUACUGAAAUUUGUAAUAAAUAAUCUUCUUUAAGCACGCACACACUUAAAUACUCUGUUUCUUUUGAGAGAUCAGAUCAUACUCCUAUUUGGAAAUUAUAUAUAAUGCCUAGUAUUUACACUCAAAGCAAGAUGUUGACCAAGUAGGCUAAGAAAGUAUCUAUGUAGACUUAAUAUCAAGAUGUUGACCAAGUAGGCUAAGAAAGUAUCUAUGAAAAAAAAAAAAAAGAAAGUAUCUAUGUAGAAUUAAUAUCAC